AUGGCUGGCAAUAUUGCACUUGGAAUAAAAGAGGUUCAACAUGAACAUUCUGGAGACGAAAGUGAUGAUGAUGUUGAUGAUGUGGUUGAGCAGAGCCCUUGUGGAAGAUGGGAGAAGAGACGGCAAGAGGUUAUUGUUAAACUAAGCUUAUUUGGCUAGGGGGAGCACAUACAUCUGUUUCAAAGUUCCUAUGGCCUUUUCGUUUCAAAGUUAAACGGCCAAAUGUAAAGCAAAAAUAGCAGUGUUAUAGAAAGUCUAAAAAAGAAGUACCACAGUAUGUAAUGUCAUUAUUUGACCAAGCAAGAGGUCAAGAUAUUGAUCAGGGAUAAAUUUGAGGUCUGUUAAGGAAAAACAGGAGCAUGGCCAAUAUUCAGCUUUGUCAUGUGUCUGAAUCCGUAAGCAGGUAAGAUGAAGCAGAUCCUGUGUUCUGAUUGGCUACCUGAGUCCCACAAGAAAAAAUGUCUCUUUUUGGCCAAAUAAAAAGUCAUUUAUUAACCAAGCUUGUUUGGUCAAGAAAGCUGGAUAUUUGCCUCGUUCUUUUAUACAUUUUUAUUGACCUCAACCUUGCCUCAGUCUAUAAUAUCUAACCAUCUUGACUGUAUGCUUGAUCAAAAACAUAAGUCUUGACUGAAGAGGUACGUUUAAUAUGGGAUUUAUUGUAUGGAAAAAAAAGCAAAUUCUUUUCUUGCGGGACAAAUCAGUAACCUCAAGCUAUAAGGCUGUGCUCUAGCAGUGCCUUGUGGCCCCUGACACCUAACUUUUGCUUCUUGGCGACUAGAAACAGUGUUCGCACACACCUUAAAAGUCCUUGAAAGUCUUUGAAUUUUAAACUAAAAAUUCAGGGCCUUGAAAGUCCCUGAAAAUUGCAGUGGGUGCUGGAAAGUCCUUGAAUUUGAGUACGAACUUUAUCCAAUAUUAACCCAGAUUCUUAAGUGCCUAACACAGGAAAGACAUUCAGGAUAAAAUUGCUCAAGUUUUGGAAGAACUAAAGAAGAUACAGUCUCAAGAGUCUUUUUUGCACUGAAUGGAGUCCUUGAAAAAUGGGAAAUGUGUCCUUGAAAGUCCUUGAAAAGUCCUUGAACUUUUUGUUCAAAAAAGGGUACAAACCCAGUAGAAAAUCUUAGUAUUUUCUAACAAAACCAAAUGCUGGGCACCCUGGGUUUCACAGGUUCAGAGCAUUGGGCUCCUUUCAGUUUUUCUUAGAACGCAGCCUUGAGCUUGCAAGAUGGGCCAUCUUGCCUGCUUGGUUACCCUAUCAGAACACAAGAUUUCCUUCAUUUUACUUGCUCAUGGAGCAGGCUAUAUAAUGCAGAAAAUAAUAUAUUUUUCUGAUUAUUUCAAGACAUGAUUUGGGGACAGAAAAUCCUUAAUUUAAAAACUAAACAAUAUUAUGGUAAGUUAAACAGCUUCAGCUAGACUUAUGGAUGUAUUAAAAACUAAAAAUUAUUAUUCUUGUUGUUUUUGUUUUUUAUCUGUAGGUGAUGCAGCGAGAUGUUCCUGGCAUAGAUCACUCUUUCCUUGCUAUGGACACUGAGGAAGGAGUUGAGGUGGUUUGGAAUGAAGUGCAAUUUUCUGAGAGAAAAUCAUUUAAAAGCCAAGAGGUACCAUUUGUUUUUAAUGUGUGUAUUUGCUGUGCAUACUGGUGCUGAAAUCCUGUGGACGCUCCUCCGUGCCAAUUUUCUAUCAUUUUACGGCCCCAUACCCCAGGACUAUUAUCAAUAUUAAUUUAGAUCAACUACCUCAAAGCUUAGAAUAACGUAUUUUGUGUAAUUUGCCUUUUGUAACUGGUUUCUUUAUUUUUUCUUUAGGACACUGUUAAAGCUGUCUUUGAAAACCUGAUUCAGCUGGAUGUAUGUAGUAUUACGUGAAUAAAUUCUAGACAAUGCUGGGUUUAUGACCCAGGUGACCCAGUUUCAUGUCAAAUUCUCCCUUUUGACUGAAAUACAAUGUUUGCAUAAGUAAAACAUAUCACAAAACCAAUGGGCCUUUAUGUUUUCAUUCAGAUUUUAUGAUAAUUAUAUUUUUUGCUUCUUCUUUCAAGGAGAAAAGUAGCCAACUUCUGUGAGAAAAUUAACCGAUGCGUUUCGUUGGUCAUCAGUACUUACUGAAACCCUGAAUGGUGCUAACAAAAGAAAGCCAACCUUUGUUUUUUGCUUUCUUUUAUAGCAUGCAAACAUUGUGAACUUUCACAAGUUUUGGACCGACGCACGCUCUGAAACUCCGCGUGUCAUCUUCAUCACAGAAUACAUGACAUCUGGUUCACUGAAACAGUUCCUGAAGAAGACGAGGAAGAGUAAUUACAAAACAUUAAAUGAAAAGGUUAACAGCAAAACUUACAUUGUAUUAAUUCACAGUUUUGUUCGUUCACUUGAAGUCUUAUACUGAAGUCAUUGGGUCUCUCUCUUUCUCAUCAAACUGUUUCCUUUUCAGGUUUGGAAAAAGUGGUUGAGGCAAAUUUUGUCAGCUCUAAGGUAACUGCAAAGCAUGAGCUUUUGAUGAU